UUCAGAUGUACUAUUUGUACCCUAUGCAAAGUGCAUGUCCAUUCCUGUUCUAUUUCUGCCAUCGAUUUAACAUGCUAUCUAACUAUCAUUGCUUCCAUCUUAUUUGACAGUAAUGUAAUAAAUAACUAAAAGUUACACUUCAUGCCUGAUUUGGGUAAAGAUUAUUUUUCCUAUGAAAAACUAUCAAGUAUAGAGUGAUCAGGCACAUACCACUGGACCUGGGGUUCAAUAUUACUCCUUAUGCUACUCAUGUUUCUUUUCCUUCAAUCUAAAUCAGCUAUUUGCCUUUACAAUUCCAAUGAUCUUGUCUUUUCUCUGCUACGUUUGUGCAUGCAGGACAUCUGGCAUCAUAUACAUUCCCUGAUGCCAAUGCGAGACGCUGCACGAGCUGCCUGUGUGUCUCGUUCCUUUCUACGUUCCUGGAGAUGUCAUCCCAACCUCAAUUUCAGCAAGUAUACAUUGUUCUUGAAUGAAAAUGCAUGUCAAAAGGACGAAUCAGGUCGAUUUUUCUACAUCAAAGUCGAUCACAUUCUGAAAAACCACUCAGGCAUUGGUGUGAAGAAGCUCAAGAUUCAGAUUAAUUCAGAUUACAGUUCAAAGGACUCUUGUUUCCUCAACAGGUGGCUUCAGAAAGCUGUUACACCAGGGAUCGAAGAACUCACACUCAUACUUGUCCCAUUCAGUGCAAAGUACAAUUUCCCAUGCUCACUUCUGUUGAAUGGGAGGGGAGACUCAAUCCGAUAUCUUCACCUUACCCGUUGUUCCUUCCGCCCGACAGUUACACUUGGUUUAAGAGGUCUGACGAGACUACAUCUUUGUCUUGUGCGUAUAACAGGGGAUGAGUUAGGGUGCCUUCUUUCCCAUUCUUUUGCUUUGGAGCAGUUGGAACUCAGGAACUGCGAUAGGAUAGUUUGCCUGAAGGUACCUCGCCUACUGCAGCGGCUCAACUACCUGGAGGUUCGUGGGUGUGCCAAACUGAAAGUGAUAGACAAUGAAGCACCAAAUGUCUCCAGUUUUACAUUUGGAGGAGACAGCACAGUACAACUAUCACUUGGAGAAACUUUGCAAAUGAAGAGCCUAACCAUGGACCGCUAUGGUUCAGUUUUUUAUGCUCGUGCUGAACUUCCAUCCAGCAUGCCAAAUCUCGAAGCUCUUACCAUUCAUUCAAUGUCAGAGAGUGCCUAUGCACCAAUGCUGCAUAGCAAAUUCCUCUUCCUCAGGCACUUGAGCAUUGCUCUUAUUGGAGCACCCUUUUACCCAACCUAUGAUUAUUUGUCCUUAUCUUCCUUUUUUUAUGCUGCUCCUUCUCUGGAGACUUUCAACUUAAAUGUAUGGCAGCGAUACAUGAAGAAUGUUUCAAUAUUUGCAGAUCCUGCAGAUCUGAGGCAGAUGCAAGAACUGCAGCAUCACAACCUUAGGAGCGUGAGUAUCACAGGAUUCAGCUCUGCGAAGAGCUUGGUUGAGUUGACAUGCCAUGUUCUCAAGAGUAUAAUCUCACUUGAGUGCUUGACAUUGGAGGCCCCUCAGAGUUGUGUCAGGUGCUCUGAUCCUGCCAACAAAUCUGGUAAAUGCUCCCCACUGGCUUUGGAUAUUCUCAUGGAAGGUCACAGAGCGGUCAUGGCUAUCAGAAAGUAUAUUGAACCUAGGGUCCCCUCCACAGUGAAGCUACAUGUUUUGGAGCCUUGCAGCUGCCAUGCUGUGGACCUUCAGAUGUCAUGUUUAUCUUAGUUAUUCAAAUGUUUAAUCAUGCAAGUUUCUACAUGGGUCUUAGUUUCUAGAACUAUCAAAAGUGUUCAUUGUCUUGUUGUAGUGUUAUUCCUUCCUCUGAUUGUGCUGUCUCCUGGUUCAUGUCCAAUGUUUAGCUUUGUAAUAAAAUAUGAUUACACGGGAUGUGCUAGAGUUAUAUAUUCAUAGUCGGACAGUACCUUUUACUGAUAACUUUGUUAUGCGAUCUGUGUAUCUUCACUGGUUUAUUUCUUAGUUGAUUAUUC